AAAAUUUCUCUACAAAAAAUGGCUCAGGAAGGAUUAUCAACAAACAUUGAACAUGAAAUGGCUGAAGAAGGAUCAUCAACAGCACCUCAAAAGAAGAAGUCUGACCAUAAAGAUGACGAAAUUGAACAACUCAAGCAAAAAUGUCAAAAAUUAAUUGAAGAAAAUAAUCAAAAAGACGAGAAGAUUUUUUUUUUGGAGCAAAAAUUAAUUGAAGAAAAUGUUCGAAAAGCCGGGGAAAUUCAUUUUUGGGAGGAUAAAUUUAUUGGAGAAACAAUUCGUAAAGACAAGAAGAUUUUUUCUUUGGAGCAGGAAUUAGCAAGUGAAAAGCAAAAGAAUAAGCAAGCGAAUCAAUGAUGAGGGAUUUUUGAGAAUUUUAAAAAGAAGUUGUUGGUUAUUUUUAAAUUAUUUUUAAUUAAUUUGAGAUAUCUCGUCGACUCCCAGUCCGAUCUCUAUUCUAUAUUGUUGUUAUAAAAUUAUUGCCUUUUUGACUGUUUUUGAUUUAAUAAAUUUUUUAUAUAUUUAUUUUGUUUAUUAUGCGUUUAUUGACGAUGAUAUUUUUUAAUUUUGAACAAUUAAUGUGUUUAUUCUUUAUUUCAGCUUUGAACAGAUCUUAAUCAAAAAUUAAAAAAAAUUUUCUAAAAAUGGCUGCUGAAGGAACUUCAACUAAUUUUCAAAAUCUUCAAAAUGAGGAGCAGGUUUUUUUUCAAAUUUUCCAAAGAACAGCAGAAGUGUAGUACCUGAGGUAAAAUUUCGAUACAAAACACUUCAUUGGAUUCGAAUGAGCUUGUCCUGCGUCGACAAAAUCUCCGUGAUUGAAUAAGACUAGGCAGUUAGGAUAAAAGAACAAACAACGUAAACCUAUGUCGGUGAGAUGUUUUGUAUCGAAUUUUGCUUCCGGUAUACUGCACUACAUCUCAAAGAAUUAAAAAUUUUUAUUAUAACAAAAUUUUUAUUCAUUUUUUUUAUUUCAGCCAACCCAAAAGAAGAGGAAGCGAUGUGGGCCGAAUCUCAACAAACAACAAAGACGAAAGAAGAAAAUGGCUAAGAUGGCAAAUAUUUCUAAUGACCUUC